GGCCGGAAUGCGCGCCCGGGCCCCGGCCCGCCCGCACCCGCGGCCGCCGCCCGCACGCCGCGCGCUCGCCUGACCGCGGCGCCCGCCUCCCGCGGCCGCCCCCGACCGUCCCCGCCGCCCCUCCCCGCUGCCCGGCGGCGAUGCCCGCUCCCCGGGGCCCCGGCGGCCCGCGCCCCUGCUAGGCUGCGGCGGCAUGGCCCGCGCGCCCGGCGCGACCUCUGCGGAUUGCUUCGCUGUGCGGCGGCCGGGCAUGCCCGGGGCACCGGGCACGGCCUUCAAUGGGCGAGGACACGGACGCGCGGAAAAUUAACCACAGCUUCCUGCGGGACCACAGCUAUGUGACUGAAGCCGACAUCAUCUCCACUGUUGAGUUCAACCACACUGGAGAGCUCCUGGCCACGGGUGACAAGGGCGGCCGGGUGGUCAUCUUCCAGCGGGAACCAGAGAGUAAAAAUGCACCUCAUAGCCAGGGCGAGUACGACGUGUACAGCACUUUCCAGAGUCACGAGCCGGAGUUCGACUAUCUCAAGAGCCUGGAGAUAGAGGAGAAGAUCAACAAGAUCAAAUGGCUCCCGCAGCAGAAUGCGGCUCACUCGCUCCUGUCCACCAAUGAUAAAACGAUAAAGUUAUGGAAGAUUACCGAGCGAGACAAGCGGCCGGAGGGCUACAACCUGAAGGAUGAAGAGGGGAAGCUGAAGGAUCUCUCCACGGUGACCUCGUUGCAGGUGCCGGUGCUGAAGCCCAUGGAUUUGAUGGUGGAGGUGAGCCCCCGGAGGAUCUUUGCCAACGGCCACACCUACCACAUCAACUCCAUCUCGGUCAACAGCGACUGCGAGACCUACAUGUCUGCGGAUGACCUGCGCAUCAACCUGUGGCACCUGGCCAUCACGGACAGGAGCUUCAACAUCGUGGACAUCAAGCCGGCCAACAUGGAGGACCUGACCGAGGUGAUCACAGCGUCCGAGUUCCACCCGCACCACUGCAACCUCUUCGUGUACAGCAGCAGCAAGGGCUCCCUGCGGCUCUGUGACAUGCGGGCAGCCGCCCUGUGCGACAAGCACUCCAAGCUUUUUGAGGAGCCCGAGGACCCCAGCAACCGCUCAUUCUUCUCGGAAAUCAUCUCGUCAGUGUCUGACGUGAAGUUCAGCCACAGCGGCCGGUACAUGCUCACCCGGGAUUACCUCACUGUCAAGGUCUGGGACCUGAACAUGGAGGCGAGGCCCAUCGAGACCUACCAGGUCCAUGACUACCUUCGGAGCAAGCUCUGCUCCCUGUAUGAGAGCGACUGCAUCUUCGACAAGUUCGAGUGCGCCUGGAACGGCAGUGACAGCGUCAUCAUGACGGGGGCUUACAACAACUUCUUCCGCAUGUUCGACCGCAACACGAAGCGGGACGUGACGCUGGAGGCGUCUCGGGAGAGCAGCAAGCCGCGGGCGGUGCUGAAGCCUCGGCGCGUGUGCCUGGGCGGCAAGCGGCGGCGGGACGACAUCAGCGUGGACAGCCUGGACUUCACCAAGAAAAUCCUGCACACCGCCUGGCACCCGGCCGAGAACAUCAUCGCCAUCGCCGCCACCAACAACCUCUACAUCUUCCAGGACAAGGUCAAUGCCGACGCGCACUAGGGGGCGGCCGCAGCCGGCCCUCCCCGCGGCCU